AUGGGAAGCGAGGCAACAAGCAAUGGUAGUGCCAACAGUGGAGGAUUCAAGUCAAGAUUACAGCGUUACUUGUAUAGUGGAGACACAAAGCAUGUCAUGGCUGGCAUGGCCGUCAUAACUCUUGUCUUUGGUGUCCCUUGGUUCCUCAUGAACAGAGGAACAAAGCACGCGUCUCAUCAAGAUUACAUGGAAAAGGCUGAUAAAGCAAGGCGUGACAGGCUUUCUUCAGGUUCUGCUGCUACAUGAUUUUUGUGAUCGCUUUCUUCAAGAUCAAUGAGGGCAUGAUAUGGGACCUUAGCAAUGGAUUUCAGGAAGAAUGUUGCCCAAUAGUAAGUGAUAGUAAGAAGAUUGUUACCGUCAACCACUGAAAAUAGGUACGAUUGAAAUGUUGAGUCUAGUAUAAUAUUUGCAAUCUCUGUAGUUUCUUCGCAUGUGUUGAUUUCCAUUUGCCAUUAGUAAGCAUAAACAUAUCAACCGUAGCAAAUAAAGGAGAACCAACUUUUCAAUUUUUA